CGCAGUUUCGCAGCCUCCCUUUCGCGACCCGUAUCAGGUCUACCACGGCUCAACCAAGGAGAUUGCGUGCCAGUAAUUUCCCGCAAUUUCAUCGUCCCCGGCUGUCCGGGACGAGAUACUCGGCGUCCGAUCGUUAUUGCGGAGAAUCACGGACCCGGUUUCGGAUCCGGUCGCGUCCCUCGUCCGGGUCAUCCUCGGAUUCGGAUGCAUCUCUCUGCGUCGGAAAAUGGAAACCGUAAUCGCGACACAUCAAGAUCUGCUAGAAGAAGAAAAAUGAACUUUUAAUACGUGAAUAACAUUUAUGAUGAUUGUGCGAACAUCGAGAAGACAAAAGAUGAGGAAAAGAGAGCCAAGUAAAUAACAGAUGAAGAUUUAAAUUUUUUCCAUUUGCUUAAACGUAUAUAUACUGAUGGGAAAUAAAAUCGCGAGAAUGGCAUUUUCGACAAUGUAGGGAAAGGAUUGCGACAAGAUUUAUCGUCAUGCACUUAUAAUACGAUAUUUGAUGAUAUCGUUGCUACUUGAAGCGAAAUAGAACGAAGCAGCGAUAUACUGUCGUGAAAGCUUGUCACAGAUAAAAUGACCUGAGCAAUUGUAUGUACAUAUAUGUAUAACAAUGUAAAAUGUAUACAUAUAUAUAUAUGUUUACAAUAUACAACAUAAUCCAUCAACAAGCAAUUUCCAAAGCAUCUCUCACGAUACUUUCAUUAUCUUCGAAACGAGGCAAAGGAAAAUGAAUCUCGAAAAUCAAACUCGAUAAAUUAAGUUGAGUGAAAAACAUUAGAAUUAUACAUAAUGAUGUAAAGGAAAGGAAGAGGAAGAAAGAAGAGGCAUAAUGAUCGUGGAACCAAGUAUACAAGAUACAUAAAUCGGCCGAUUAGUUCAUCAGCUCACAUCUUCUCCGAUCGAUACGGAAUUCGCUUAACCGGCAAAUUUCCCGGUGAUGUAUCGUCAAGCACGAGUGAAAUGGCAGAAACGAUGGCACACAAUCGUACAACGUACGCCAAGAGGACAGCUAGGAAGCUGAAUCUCACGUCGAUGACGUUCCUUCCUUCCACUGUGGUCGCGGCCGCGAUUAACGCCGAGACGACGAUACAUCCGACUAAUCCGUCCACGGUAGCGACCGGCGAUCCUGCAGCCACCGUCGCUACCGUCAAAUCGCAUCAUCAUGUCCACAACGUGACGGAAUACCUGGUCGAGCAUGAUGAGCUGGAGCAUGGUAUCCUCGCCAACUUUUCGGACAUACAGACCGUUUUAUUCGCAUGCAUAUCGACAUUAUUACCGCUGAUUGUCGCUUUGGGAAUUGCCUUCGGCGUCAGGCACGUGUGGCAAAAGUAUCGAAAUGGCCGGGACAGCGGGAAUGGAUUACCUUGGUACAAGAGCGCGUGCAACCGCGAUAGCGCAGUCGAAUCCCAGCAUCAGCAUCCACAUUCCGGGAAUGUUCCCGUUCAAACUGCCACGAGGGUUCUCUCCGCGCAGGAUUUGGUGGAUAGCUUGGAUGCUCCCCGAUAUAUAUGCGAAACGGAGGUGAUGGAAGACGUAAAUGUCGCCCCGGCAGCGGCGAUGAUGGAGUACACUACUUCUGGUAACCAUACUAGCAAAAAUGCGAACGGAAACAUCAUCACCCUUACGCUCAAGAAUAAUCAUCUUAUCGUAGAAACGGAGGAACGUGCGGUAACAAUGGAAGAGAAGCCCACAUCGAGAUACAAAGAUAGCGGAUGCUCAUUCGUGGUGGAGGUACAGCCGGAUUAUGAUAGGGAAGAGACGGAAGGUACCAAAGGAUCUUCCGACGACAUGACGGCCGGUAUCACCGAUCAACAGGCUCUGGUACACAGAGAGGAAAUACCAGACGAUAGAUCUUCAGGUUUCGAAAAUACGCGAUUGUUCGGAAGCACCAAUACUGGCCUGUCGCAAUCAGAUCUUUCGAUAUCCAGCCAAGGCUCGGCCAAUCCCAGCUACCGCUAUGGAAAUCAGGUCGAAUACGAUUCUGGUAAUCUCGGUUAUCCUAUGUACGGCGGUAGUUACGAGUCCGAUAUAAUAUCGAGGAAGCUGGAGGGACGAUCCAAAUGGGUGGAAUUCGAUAAAUCGCCGGAUAUAGAGAAGAUACUGUUGGAUGAUUCCAGAAAUUUGACCAGUGAGGAGGAUGAAGACAAGAGUUCUCUCGGAAGACGAAAACUGUUCGUCCGCUUGCAGCCGCAGUUUUUCGGAAAAUCAAAAAACGUGUCGUCCCUGCAAGACGUCGUGAGCGCAGCGAUACGCGAGGGCACGUUGGAGAUUGACAGUCUACCGGACGCCGUGCGAUCGAAUCCGAAUCUUCAGGUGAACGGCACGACGCCCAACAAACUGGAGAUUAUGGAGCAGAAGGCUUUGAGCAACGACUUCUCCAAGACGGAGGGCAACAAGCCCGUGAUAACCGGCGCCCUGCUGAAGGACGACGUGCAGGAGGAUGCGUUCCAGGAGCAGCAGCGUAAAUUGGGCAACGGCACGCUAACGCCCGAGCACAAGGGGGACAACAGGACGACGGAUCGCAAACCGGAAGGUAGCGUCUUCGUGCCGAGUCACAAGCGGGCGGGCAGCAUCCCGCCCCGAUUGAUCGAGGAGACGCUCGAGAUGGAUCGUAAGAAGUCGCUCGACAUCUAUAACAAGUACAGUCAAAUCAAAACUAGUACUAGAGGCAUGCUGCCGAGCUUGAGUCCAAAGUUCGAGUUGCUGCAAAACGAGGUGAGCCCGAUCGAGGAAAAGGAGAGUUAAUGGACGUACGAGAAAGGGAAGAUGAGGAGGAAGGUGGGAGGGAUCGUCUUUGACACGGUCAUCGGAAUGUCCAACGUCCUCGGAGGUAAAUUGCAACGAAAGAUAGUCAGGGAUUAUUGAAGAAAAUGCAGCGAAUGCGAUCACUUGUACGGCGAAUAUAGUGCACUUUACGUAGGAAUUAUAUUACUGGUAUAGCGAAUUUGUAAUAUGUAAAGGAAACUUUUUCUCUCUCGCUCUCUUUCUCUCUCUUGUAUCGUGAUGGUCGCGUAGAGAUCAUAAUGAUCUCUAAGCCGACUAAAUGAGUACCUAGCUACGUAAAUCUCAUGCGACGAGGAAGAUUCAAUGCGAGAGAGAUUUUAGCGUUUUAUUAACAUAUAACCGAUUUAACCGAGGAAGAAAGGACGCGCUAAACGCUCUCUGCCUCCGCGGCAGACUUCUUUCUAUUCAGUAUUUUCAAAGAUCCGUGUGAUCAAUUAUAACUCGUUUCUCUUUUGUGAACAUAACGGGAGAUGUAUAACACAUGAACGGACAUGCGAUGGUAUUCUUUUAUUAUAGUUUAGAAAAUCGCUUCUUUCGUUUAAGAUAGGACAAUUUAAGGUGACGCUCUCUCGACACUUUUUAUAUGGACCAUGCUAUUUAGUCUGCACCGAUGGAGAAUCUUCUCUCGACCGAAACAAGUGAUAAUGAUCAACGUGGCAGUAAGUAAAGUCGAUCACGAGUGUAAUCAAAAAACAUUAAUAGUAAAAGGAAUAAGAGGAUCUUCUUUUCAUCGAUUUCACGUAGACAUACAAAUUAUCGCUAGUGAUAAUGAUGUAGUAACCAUAUAUUUCGCGAGAUCAAUAUUAUCAAUAUAAUUAGAAACUAUACAUAAGCGACGCUCACACAACUUUUUUUCUAAUUCCUGUUUUUUUGUUCAAGAUAUAUAAUUUGUAUUUUUGCAUUUGCAAAAAUCUUUUGACAUUUCUUAAUCUUCCAAAUAUUCAA